AUGGAUAUUGGCGGUAGUGUACGGACCGAAAAUGUCACGAAGCAUGUGAAUAAGUUUCUGGACAUAGAAAAUCUUAAAGUUGGUGUCAAGAGAGUAUCUGAUUAUCCUGCAAAUAUUUCUGGAAAAAUAUUUAAAUGGAUAGAUGACAAAUAUAAAGUUACCGAUUAUCAAUCACUGGAUACGUCGAACGAUCCAGAGUUUAAGAAUAUGAAUAUGGUACUCAUAGAUGUGGAAGACCUCUUUAGUGUUCAUUAUCAGACAAUAGAAGAGCAAUUAUUACGGUUGAACACAGCAGCCAUGAACCAAACCGGACAGAUCAUGAAUCUUCUCAGCAAUGAUGUUAUUCGCUUCGAUCAAUUAACAAUGUACCUGAAUUACAUAUGGAUCAUGCCUUUUAUGGUAGUGAAGAUGUACGCCUGGGAGAAACCAUUCAGCCAGAUUGUGUCAGUAAUCAGAAAAUUGGAGAUCAAGCAAAUUAAAUUCUCUUCUUAUGUGCGCGCCACAUAUUUGGCCAUCAUAGUCUUCACUAAACGAUUGACUGUCUAUUUCAUCCUGAUAACGUUCGUCUUAAUGGGAAAUAAUUUGACUGCCGAUGAUUUUUUGCUGAUGGACGAAGUGAACACGAGACGCUUCUCAGAGAACACGCCGCAGUUGCAGUUUAAAUUUCAGAAAUCAAAGGAAGAAUCUAAUGCAGAGAAUCAAAUAGACAGCUACAUCUCAAGAAAUGGGACUUCAGCGGGUUUCCGCCAAAUGGAUCAGUGGCCAAUUGCCGCCGACUUUAUGCAAUAUCAACUUAACUAUCAAGCCAGGUCAAUUGUGUGCUGUAGUCGAUGUGCAGUAGCCUCUGGCAAAUCGUCUAUAUUACAUCUACUACUGAAGGAAUUAAAUCCCGGCAGGUUCCAUACAAAUUUGCGUAUCUCCUAUGCCAGUCAAGAACCCUGGCUUUUCGGUGAUACUGUAAGGGACAAUGUAUUGUUUGGCUAAUCCUACGACAAGGUAGCAAAUGUGUGCGCUUUGACGAAGGAUUUCCGACAAUUUCCGCAGGGAGACAUGACAAUGGUCAGCGAUAGAGAUGUAUCUCUGUGCGGUGGCCAAAGAGCGCGAAUCAAUCUCGCGAGGGCGGUUUAUAGACAAGCGGAUAUCUAUUUGUUCGACGAUCCCUUGAGCGCGGUGGAUACUCGUAUUGCUAGGCAUCUCUAUGGGAAGUGCAUUACCAAAUAUCUCCACGGCAAGACGAGGAUACUUGUCACACAUCAACUGCAAUUCCUUAAAAGGGCGGACCACAUCGUCGUACUGGAUCGAAUUGAGAUGUUGGACAAUUUGAAUCAAGCGCAGAGAAAAGAGAAGGACAUGAGAAGAGCUUCGGAAAUGUCUAAGAGAAUCACAAUAACGAAACGAAUAUCAAGAUUCUCGACUACAAAUUCCAUCAUUCACUCGGACAUUGAUGAUUCGGAUUAUGUGGAGAACAUUCCAGAAGCUGAGAUGACGGUACACGGUCGAGUAGCCGGCAGAGUGUACAAGGAAUAUCUGCAUAACGGUGAUAAUAAUUUCAUCCUAUUUGUACUGCUGAUGAUCUUCAUUAUCAGUCAGGUCGCCACUACCGGGAAUUACUGGCUAUCAUACUGGACUACUUUGGAGGAUGUGAAUAUUGAAAAUAUUAGAAGAAUUUUAAACAGAUUUUCAAAGGAUAUGGGCAUUAUGGAUGAAUGGCUGCCCAAACUGAUGUUGGAGGUAAUCCAGGGGUUUUGCGUGCGUAUGAAGAGUCCCAUAUUCUCAUACGUAAAUGCCACUCUGAAUGAUUUGCCGACAAUCAGAAACAGCGGCAUUGAAAUCGAGAAAUUAAUGCGAAAACGAUUUGAUGAGUUGCAAGAUCGUCACAGCGGCACACUAUUGCAAAUUCUCUUUGUUCUUUAUACUACAGACAGUGUAACCGGCAGCAAAGCAGGUCUAGCAAUAUCGCAAUCAUUAAUCCUGAUUGUUUGUCUACAAUACAUCAUAAAACAGUUUAGCGAGUCUCUAUCAUUGAUGACCUCCGUGGAAAGGAUUCUUCAGUACACGAACCUUCCUAAGGAAGAACCUAUUACCUCGGACAAUCUACCGCCACCUAUAUGGCCAUCCCAAGGACAAUUGAUCUUGAAGGAUAUCAACAUGAAAUAUCAUAUAGAUGAUUCACCAGUUUUAAAGAAUCUGAACGUAUCCAUCGAGCCUGGCUGGAAAGUUGGGGUAAUUGGACGAACUGGCGCCGGCAAGUCCUCCUUGAUCUCGGUACUUUUCUGCUUGUUCAAUGAAGAUCUAGAAGACGAGAUCAAAAUCGAUGGUCGGGACACAAGCACGGUGAGUCUCAGUGAAUUGCACUGCAAAAUCUUCAUUAUACCACAGAAACCUGUGCUCUUUUCCGAGAGUCUACGUUACAAUCUGGAUUCGUUCAAUCAGUACGAUGACUUGAAGCUGUGGGAGGUGUUGCGGCAAGUCGAGCUGAAUGAUGUCACAUUGGACCACGAUAUCUUCUCUGGCGGUCAUAACUUCAGCAUCGGUCAGAGGCAACUUAUAUGCUUGGCCAGAGCCAUCUUGAAAAACAAUCGCUUGCUCGUUCUCGAUGAAGCCACAGCCAAUAUUGAUUCGCACACGGAUACUUUAAUUCAGAAUACAAUAAGGAACAGUUUUAAAGAAUGCACCGUUAUCACGAUUGCACAUCGUUUGAAUAGUAUUAUAGAUAGCAAUCGGAUCAUCGUGAUGGAGAAUGAUUCUAUCGAAUUUGGUUGUCCAUAUGAGCUGUUACACGACAAACCAAAUGAUUACUUUUCACAAAUGAUGGAAAAGACGGACAAUCAGAUGGCGCAAAGUCUUUUAGAACAGGCAAAGAAGACUUGCGAGAAGAAUAAUGUUCAUUGUGAAUUAAACUUGUCGGCGCAAAAUACUGAGUGUGACAGCGACUCCACGCUUACAGAACAGAUCGCUUUAUAG